AUGUCGGCGCCCCAGUUGCGCCAUUCAUUUCAAGAUCAUUUUGAUGACUUCAUGAUAUUGACUCGGGAGUUAGAAGGUGCUCACUUUGGACGACAGACCGAAUCAUAUUUAGGUUUUGAAGAGUUUACUGGAAGUCUUGCUUACCUAGCUAGUAAGGAUUUCGUGAAACUGUUUGAAGACUUGAAAGACGUCGCUGAAUUCAAUGCUGUUCUUGAAUUUUUAAAGGACAUCGAUGUCGAUGCAUAUUACUACCUAGAACUUAUUCAACGCUUAGUCGAUGAAAAAAGCGCAGUGAUCACGAAAAAACUACGACACCCAAUCACAGGAAGGACAAUGACCUCAUAUCUAAAUGAUAUAGUAAGCAUGUUCCCCAGAAAAAAAUUACGUGAAUUGUUCGACGAGAAAAUGGAUAAUGAAAAGGUAUUUUCGGGAGUAGUAAAAGAGUUCAGAAGCGAAGAAUGGAAAAAUCUGUAUGAGGCGCUGUGGGAAAAUGAUAAAUUUAAGGCUGUAGUUGAUGAGAUGGCUGAAAAUGAUUUCGAUCUACGAUAUGUUUUGGACACAGUGCUGUUGGCUCUCUUUGGACAAAUUGAACCGUUUCCGUUAACAUUCCAAGACCACUUCGACGAUUUUGUUGACACAAUUACAGCAUUGAAGGGAAACCAUUUCGAAGAGCUUGUGAAUGAAUAUCUGCACUUUGAAGAGUUUCAAGCCAGUUUAAAUUUUAUAGCUGAUCAAGAUUUUAUUGAUGUACUCCAAGAAUUGAUGGAAGUGCCUGCAUAUGCAACGGCUGAUGCAUACCUGAAAAGCCAUAAUAUAUUCCCUGCUUAUUACAUCGACCGGUUUCAUCUCUUAGCAGAGAAAAUACAAGAAAAUGCUUCCGGUCAACCCAAGAAUUUGCAAGAUCUUAAGCACCACCAUGCAUCUGGACGAACCAUGAGGAGUUUUCUUAUCGAUAUAGUUGACAUGUUCCCAGAAGAAAUAUUAGAAGAUAUUUUAGAAGAGAAAGUAGAGGAGGAUACUGAAUUCAGAAAUGUCUGGAAGAGCCUAAGAAGCGAAGAAUGGGAAGACUUAUAUGAGGCGCUGUGGGAGACUGAUAUUUUUAAAACCAAAGCUGCUGAGUUAGCUCAAUAUGAUUUUAAUUUAGAAUACUUUUUCAACACCUUAGUACUGGCUAUUUUUGGUCAAGAAUGA